AACUUUUUGAAUAGCCCUAUAUGGGCCUCAAAAGUUGGUCUCAGCGCUGGUCUUUCUGGAAAAACCUUUAUCCUCCAGGGCUUUGGUAAUGUUGGGCUUCAUUCAAUGAGAUAUCUUCAUCGAGCUGGAGCCAAAUGUAUAGGAGUAGCUGAAAUCGAUGCCCAAAUCUACAAUAAGGAUGGUAUAAAUCCUAGGGAAUUGGAGGACUGGAAAAUUGAGCACGGGACAAUAAAAGGCUUUCCAAAGGCCUCCUCCUACAACAAGGGAUCUAUUUUAUUUGAACAAUGUGAUAUACUUGUUCCAGCUGCUAAUGAAAAGCAAAUAACAGGAGAAAAUGCAGCUAAAAUUCAGGCAAAAGUUAUCGCUGAGGGGGCUAAUGGACCAACUACUCCGAUGGCUGAUGAGAUACUCCGUGGCCGCAACAUUAUGGUUCUUCCUGACCUAUUCUUGAAUGCUGGUGGUGUAACUGUAUCAUAUUUUGAAUGGCUAAAAAAUCUCAAUCAUGUAAGCUAUGGCCGUCUUACAUUCAAAUACGAGCGUGAUUCCAACUGGCAGCUUCUAAAUAGUGUUCGUCAGUCUUUGGAAAAAAAGUUUGGAGGCGAAAUUCCGAUUAAUCCUUCUGACGAGUUUGCUCUUCGUAUAGCUGUAAGUUCCUGGAUUCCAUUUGUAACAAUAAAUACUAUGCGAUUAUGUGGCUCUUUUAAGGUAUAUAAUAAGAAAGUAUAA